AGGCGGCAAAAUGGCCGGCAUCCGGGUCUAUUACACCAGCGUUACGGGGUCUAGAGAGGUGAAGCAGAGGCAGCUGGAAGUCCUUCGCAUUCUGGAUGGAAACCACAUGAAGUACGAGUUAGUUGACGUGUCCAUCAGCGAACGUUUGCUUCAAGAAAUGAGGGACAAAGCCGGCAACCCUAACGCGAUACCACCGCAGAUCUUUAACGGGGAGCAAUAUUGUGGGGACUCCCGGAUGCUGUACGAAGCAACUGAGAACGAAGAGGUUGGGAAGUUUCUGAAGAUGGCAACCAUGGAGAAGGCAGCAAGGGGAGAGAUCGCUAUCUGAAGAGGGGACGCCACCCAGUCCUGUGUCCGUUGCCUUAGAUAAAACCUUGCAUGCAGAAGAGAGUCACCUCAAGCACAAAAGAAAAAAAAAGCACUU